UACCCCUAAAAAUGGCAAGGUGCACGCCCUCGCCUGGCGGAUGUAAACACUGAUAGUCGCCCAGACCAAGACCCAGACACAGGACAGCUGCAGGGGAGGUCCCAUCCACUUAGAAAAAUGCCUGCGUACCACUGCAACCUGCCGCACCCUGGCACCGUGGUGGGCAACAUGGCCAUGCUGCCGCUGAGGACCAAGUACCGCGGCCCCGCCCCUCUUAUGGCCGGCGAGGGCAUCGACGUGGUGGACGAGGCGCUGCAGUACUUCAAGGCUAAUGUGUUCUUCCGCACCUACGAGGUCAAGGGUGAGUGUGACCGAACGCUAAUCUAUGUCACCCUGUACAUCACUGAGUGCCUCAAGAAGCUGGCCAAGUGCAAAGACAAGAACACCGGCUCCAAUGAGAUGUACUCUCUUGCUGUGUCCAAGUUCCCCAUCCCUGGCGACCCAACCUUCCCCCUCAACGCCGUCUAUGGCAAGCCCAAGAAUGAUGCCGACCUGGAGCUGAUGCAGCAGUACCUCCAGCAGCUCCGGCAGGAGACGGGCCUGAGGGUGUGUGAGCGCGUCUUCAACACCCCUGAUGGGAAGCCCUCCAAGUGGUGGCUGUGCUUCACCAAGAAGAAGUUCAUGGACAAGUCUCUGCUGGCCCCUAGUGCAUAAUGCCACCACUACCCUGCCCACCACCACUCCCACAGUGUCUGGUUCUUUACUGGCGUUUGCUGCUGGUGAUUGUUAUAUUAAGUGUUUAAACCAUUCCACAGUAGGAAGAAGUAGGUGGGAAAUUUCACAUCAGUUCCUGGUGUUAUGUGUGUGAAUGUGUCCUGUUAUUGAGAGUGCUUGACUUGUGUAAUGGCUGGGUUUGCAUCCUGUCCCAGCCUUAGUCACCAGGGGAGGGAAGGAGUAGAGAGCCUUAGCUGAUUGGGUUAUAGCAAGUGGAAAGAUUGGAUCUGCUGUCCCUCAGUCAAGUAUGGAGUCGUGUGUCUGUGAGGAGUGUGUUAGUCAGGCUGUCGCAUGCCACAAAGGAAAGGUUAACUGUACAGUUGUACCUUGAGGAACACCUGUGUGAUUUAUGAUCUGUGGAUACAAAUAAGUCUUUAUGCUUUUUUUAGGCAAUGAAUGCUGACUUUACUUUUUAGUCACCAUAUUUGUGAAUGUCUGAGUAAUUUGUUCUUAUUAAGACAUAGUGAACUAAUGAUUGUUUUAUAUUGUGUGUGGGAAUGUUAUUCUUUAUGGAUCAGAGUAAUUAAAAUGAUAAUUAUACUUAAA